AUGUCAUAUAUAGCUUGGCGCGGCCGAAGCCGUCUAAGAAAUCUUCUUUUUGCUUUAGCUAUUGCUGCUAUUGCAGCUGCGGCGGCUGCGGCGGCUAUAUUACGCACUCUUACUCCCGAAGCUUCGCCUUCUUUCUUAAACCUUUUUAUUAAGCGCUUGCUUAUGCUAACGACCGUUAAAGCCUUAAAAUGCAUUAAGUACAUUAAUAAUAAAAUCACAUCGAAGUCUAAUAAAGAUUGCUAUAAUUGCGAUACGAGCGUCAUUCGCUGUCUCCGGUGUAUUAAAAGUAGCUAUAGCAAUUGCACCGCUGCUUUUGCCGCUGCUAACACCGCUUUUAAUAACUUCCUCGCCUUAGAUGCUGCUUUUUCAAGAAGUACUGCUAAUGGUCCGGGCGGUUUAGCGAAUAAAAGUAAAGGUUUUAAAAGUAGUCUCGAUAGCUUUAUAAGUUUUGCUCUUGCUUUUAAGACUUUCAAUUUGAAUAUGGCCUUUAUUAGAUUGAAUAGUCUUAUAGUAGCGAACCGUAAUCCGGUGAUUCGGAGCGCUUCGAGUAUAUCACUUCUUCCUCUUGCGCUUGCCGCCCUUGUUGCUCCCGUCGCCUCCGCUGCUCUCGUCGCUCCUGCAGCUCCCGUCGCUCUCGUCGCACUUAUUAUCGUCGCUCCUUUUGCGCUAAUCGUUGCGCUUGCCGUUCCCGCGGCGGCGCCCGCCGUUGCUAUGACUCUUAUAAAGCGCCGAGCUAAAGUAAAAAGAUUACUAAAAGCUUUAGUCGAUCUUUUAUUAUAA